UUCCCAACAUGCAUAUAUGCAUCUCCAAACCCUAUAAAAAACCCUCUAACUAUACCUACCCAGUACGCAAAAGCUAGCAUUGAUCAUGGCAUCCUCCUCUAAACAAGUGAGCCUGAAGCUACUGAUAGACGCCAAGAACAACAAGGUCCUCUUCGCCGAGGCCGGAAAGGACUUCGUCGACUUCCUAUUCACUCUCCUCUCUCUCCCUGUCGGCUCCGUCAUCCGCCUCCUCACCGCCAAGAGCAUGGUCGGCUGCCUCGGAAACCUUUAUGGUAGUAUCGAAAACAUGAACGAGACUUACAUGCAACCAAACCACAACAAGGAGGAUCUUUUGAAACCCAAGGCUGUGGUGAGUUCGAAGGAGGUUCCCCUUCUACUGACCGACGAUGUCUCGGCAGUGAAAAAGGUUUACAUGUGUGGAAGUUAUCAUAGGUUCAUUACCUAUGACCCUAGAGCCAUCUGUCCCACCUGUAAAUACACUAUAUCAACGGAGGUGCCAUUUGUCGCCCCAGAGGUGGCCAAGGAUGGUUUCUCCGGCGAGGGGGGUUACGUUAAAGGGGUGGUAACGUAUAUGGUGAUGGAUGAUCUGGUGGUGACGCCCAUGUCCACCAUCUCCGGCAUUGCAAUGCUUAGCAAGUGCAACGUUACAAACGUUGGAGCUUUGGAGGAGAAGGUGGUGAGCUUUGGAAUGGAUGAAAUGUCGGGGGGAUCUUCAACCAAAUUCACACGCAGAGAUGAGGAGAUCUGGGCACAAGUUAUGGAGCAAUUUGGUCAUGCCCGAACAUAUGGGUUGGGUGGUUUUUUCACUGACGUCUUAGGAGGUGGAUAUCGACAAUCUCAAGAACAGAAUCGUAUUUUUCAAGCACAACUCCAAGAUCAAUUUCAGCUCUAUCAGGUGCAAUUCGAGACACAAAUGAAGGACACGAUGGAUACACAAAUAGACGCUAUGCUUACAGAAACGCAAUCUCAAGCAGCUACUAUUCAAUAA